AUGGCCUCCUCCUCCGCCUACCACUCUAAUUUCCCUCCCCUGCCUGGUGCUCUUCCUCCGGCUCUUGCUUGUCCUGUGGGAUUGAAUUUUGUUUCUAAUCUCACUAAGGAAGAUCCGGUUGCUGAAGAGUUUUCGCUUUCCUUCGUCCCUCCGGCUACGAAAGUCCCCUUCUCUACUGAUGAGCUUGCUAAGGGAGUUUUAGAUUGGGGCUCUUCGCUCAUUGCCUCCGAGAUUCUGAGUGAAUUCAAUGGGAAUCCCAACAAGAAAUACUUCUGUGCCAAGCUUGAUUUACGGAAAGCUUUUAACACUGUUUCUAGAGACUUUAUUUUAAACAGACUCACUUUGAAAGGUUUUCCGGAUAUCUUUGUCAGCUGGAUUAAAGGUUGUAUCAGUGACGUCCACUUUUCUGUGAAUGUGAAUGGUGCUUUAGAGGGUUUCUUUCCCUCAUCCUCUGGGUUGAGACAAGGAUGUCCCCUCUCUCCUUUGCUCUUCUCGGUUGUUAUGGAUUCCUUCUCCUGUGAGAUUGAUGAUAGUAAUUUUGAGGGCAUCAUUUCUGGUAAUAUCUCGGUUAAGCACCUAUUAUACGCUGAUGAUAUUUUGGUCAUUGGAAAAGCCUCUCUUGCCAAUGCUAACAGCCUUAAAUCUCUGUUAUCUAAACUUGCUGAGCACACUGGCCUGUGUAUCAAUAAUGCUAAAUGUUCCAUACUCUACUCCAAGAAUACCCCUUUGGCCACUCAGAUUACUUCCUUGCUGGGCUUCUUUAAUGCUGAGGAUAUUAGAGGCGCUGUUAUACCGAAAGGUGUUUAUAAGUAUAUUGAUAAGCUUUGUUCCAAAUUCUUGUUUUAUGGUUCUGUGGAUGGAAAAAAAUUACACCUGGUUGCUUGGAAAAACACGUGUCUACCCAAAUGCUUUGGUGGACUUGGGUUACCUGCAUUUGAAGCCCUUCGGUUUGGUUUCAACUGCUCUUUUAUUUGGCGCUUCUAUACUUCCCCCUCUCUUCUGGCUGCUUGGUUUAAGGCUAAAUUUAUUAGCCCUUGGAAGACGGCCCCUUCCAUGGCUUCCAAAUUUUGGAAGUCCAUCUGUCUUACUGCUGCUAAAAUUCAAGGAAAUAUUCAGUUCCAUAUUGCUUCCCAUGAUUGCAAGUUUUCUUUCUUUUGGGACCCAUGGUGUAAUGCUUCUGCUGUUGCAACUUUUAGGCCCCCUUCUACUUCCCCUUAUUUGGAAGUUAUGGAAUGUAUUCACGAUGGCUCUUGGCUCAUCCCUAGUUACUUAGAUCAAUCCAUUUACGGAUUUAUUCUGAACAUCCCGAUUUCUGAUAAUCCUCCUGCUCCUAUUUCGUGGAGGGGAAAUUUCAAACCUUGUUUUAAAGCUUUUGUUAUGCAUUUUUACGAGGAUCGUCACAAGGUCUCCUGGUAUACUUUUGUCUGGCACAGAAACUAUGCUUUACGAUUUUCUUCCUUUGUUUGGCUUGCCAUGGUGGAUGGUCUAAAGACUGCGGAUGUUUUAGCUAAGAGGAACAUUUUCAUUCCUAGUUUGUGCCCUUUCUGCAGAGCAAGUGAAGAGAGCAUUUCUCACCUCUUUUUUCAAUGUGAAUUUAGUUUUUUGGUGAUCUCUUUCUUGCUCCCUUCUCUCCAGAAUUUCCUGCUGAGGCCAACCAUUAUUCAAAUUUUUAAUGUUUGA